AUGGGCAUUUUCCGUACCGUUCUCAUGAAUGCCGCCGGAGCUCAUCACGAAGAGCCGAAGAAGGGAUCAUACGAAUGGAAAAAGGAGCAUUUGACACCAGAACAACUCGCAAGAACAUCGGACAAUAAGGAGAAAUAUAGUGGAAUCCCAGCAAUUCCAGUCGACAUCGGAUAUAACAGUGGAAUGAAUGUGGGCGGUGCAAAGAAGACAGGAGUCAUGUCGAAUGCUUCCAGUAAUCCAGGAGUCAUCAUUGGAAUGGGUCUCACGACGGCAGCUCUUUUGGGAAUGUUCAAAUCAUCAUUCCUUGGAGACAAAGUUGGAGCUCAAAAGAUGAUGCAAUACCGUAUCAUGGCUCAAUUCUUCACAGUCACUGCACUCGUCGCCGGAGUCACCAUCUUCGGAGCCACGUAUGAGGACGAUGAGCACGCAAAAUAA